AUGGAGCGGACUCUUGGGGUAUCUUGGAAUGUUGAAGCUGACAUCUUCACUUUCAAGGUAAAUCCAAAGGAGAAACCUCCUACAAGAAGAGGUAUACUCUCGGUGACCAGUGCCUUAUACGAUCCUCUCGGAUUUGUAGCCCCAGUUGUGCUGGUAGCAAAGAUUCUCUUGCAGGAUAUUUGCAUAGAAGGCCUAGGAUGGGAUCAAGCUGUUGGUGAAGCUGAACAAAUUCGAUGGAAGCAAUGGCAAAAUGGACUUCCGAAACUGCAAGGACUGCAGAUUCAAAGGUGCUUGAAACUAAAGACUAGUGCAGAGACGUCAAGACAAGAUUUGCAUGUCUUCUGUGAUGCUUCCCAGAGAGGGUAUGCAGCAGUGGCCUAUCUCCGUACGGAGGGUGCGGAAGGAAAUGUUCACUGUGCCUUUGUUAUGGGGAAGACGAGGCUAGCACCAGUGAAGACGACUACAAUACCACGUCUUGAACUCUCAGCAGCUGUUCUGGCAGUCUUGCUUGGCCAGACCAUCCAGAAAGAAUUGAAAUUGCCGAUAGCCACGACCACUUACUGGACAGAUUCUACGUCAGUGUUGCAGUAUAUCCAAAAUGAGAGUAGGCGCUUUCAUACUUUCGUGGCUAAUCGCGUGUCUAAGAUCCGUGCUGCGACUGAUGUUGCACAGUGGCGAUUUGUAGACACAAAAUCAAAUCCUGCAGAUGAGGGUUCUAGAGGCUUGUCUGCAGGUGAAAUGAUUUCAGAAGCAAGAUGGCUUAACGGGCCUGACUUCCUGUGGAAGAAACAGGAUCAAUGGCCACAACCCUUGCAUCUCCUUCGAUCGAUGCAAGAACUUCAAGGAGACCCUGAAGUGAAGAAGAUGGCAAAGAGCAACUUUGUCAGUUGUGACAGGAUGAUAGAUGAUCUCCUGGAACGCUACUCAUCAUGGACGAGACUCAAGAAGGGCAUUGCCUGGAUCAGGCGAUUCUUGAGAUACCUUCGCUUGAAGAGGUUAGGAAACAAGGAGCCAUGCACUGAGAACGUGCUUUCUCCUGCAGAGCUGCAGGAGGCUGAAGUGGCUAUUGUUAAGUACGUUCAAACGAAGGAGUUCCCUCAUGAGCUGAAAGUCGUUCAUGGGAGUGCUAAGAAGACUUCCGGUCUUGGCUUAGCGAAGGUUAAUCCUAUCAUGGUAGAUGGUGUGUUGCGCGUUGGUGGAAGACUUGCCAAUGCACCAGUACCAUACGAUAGUAAACACCCAGUGAUCCUUCCAAGUGGACACCAUGUCACCAAGCUGCUCAUCAUCCAUCAUCACAUAUUGGUUGGACAUUGUGGUGCAGGUGCUACAUGGAACUCCUUAAGAGAGCGGUUCUGGAUCAUCAAUGGUGGAGCUGCAGUACGCAAAACUAUCGGAAGGUGUUUCAGAUGUAAGAAGAGGAACGCUGCCAGAGGGCAACAGUUCAUGGCAGAUUUGCCUAAAGACAGAGUCACACCUGACAAACCACCCUUUUCCAGUGUUGGCAUUGACUAUUUUGGGCCACUCUAUGUCAAGGAAGGGCGGAAAACAGUGAAGAGAUACGGAUGUAUCUUCACAUGCCUUGCAAGCAGGGCUGUACACCUUGAAGUGGCUCACACCCUCGACACUGACUCGUUUAUCAACGUGCUCAGAAGAUUCAUGAGUAGAAGAGGGAGGCCAGAGAAAAUUCGUAGUGACAACGGAAGAAACUUCAAGGGUGCCGAACGUGAACUACGUGAGAAUCUUCACAUUUUGAAUCAGAAGAAGGUAGCAGAGUUUCUGCAUCAGAGAGAUAUCGAGUGGCAGUUCAACACUCCCGCAGCAAGUCACAUGGGCGGGGUGUGGGAACGGCUUAUAAGAUCUGUGCGGAAGAUACUAAAGAGUGUUCUUGGAGAACAACUCGUGAAUGAUGAAAUCCUAGUGACAACACUAGUAGAGGUCGAAGGAAUUCCUAACUCAAGACCUUUGACUAAUAUCAGGCAAGAUCCAAAUGACUUGGAGCCGCUUACUCCGAAUCAUCUUCUGAUGAUGAAACAACCCCACUGCUUACCGCCAGGUAUCUUUACGAAAGAUGACCAAUACUGCCGUCGCAGAUGGCGACAAUGUCAAUAUCUAGCUGAGCUGUUCUGGAAACGAUGGCGUCGUGAAUAUUUGCCGAUGCUACAGAACAGACAGAAGUGGCUACAUUCAAUCAGGAACUUCAAGGUUGAUGAUCUUGUCCUGAUGGUGGAUGAGGCUAUGCCAAGAGGACAGUGGGCCAUUGGCAAAGUCUCGGAGGUAUACCCUGGAAGGGAUGGCAAGGUUCGCCAAGCAGAAGUAAAGGUUGGACCAAGGUUUUACAAGCGUCCUAUAACCAAGCUUUGCCUGCUUGAAAAUAGUGAGCAUAACGCUGCUCAAGAUGAAUGA